UUCUAAAUAGGAGCUUGGAUGCAUAUGACUCACUUUCAAUCUAAAUUGCAAAAUUUAACCAAGAGCAAUAUUUGAAAAUUUGUGAAUUCAACUGAACAAUCAUUUCUUUUUGUCCUCAGUUAACCAACAUGUCUUCAACAAACAUGUCUCCUGUAAAUUUACAGGGUGUCUGUUCAUGUAUGGAACAUGUGAAUAAAGACAGCUCUAUUAUUAUGUGCUGGAUGUCCUCUGUAUUUUUACAAAAAAAGAUUAUUAGACGAGUAAUUCUUGUUUGUGCUUGAGUUCAAUAGCUUUUAUGCCAUUCGUUUACGUAAGUUAUGACUCCUACUGUAGGCCUUUGUGUGGUUCUAUUAUCGUAAACCAUUGUAUCCUGAUAACCAGUUCUUGUGCCUCCAGAAAAAGGUUGGAUGUUUGGGAGAAAUGUUUCAGUCAAGGCUAGAUCACUUUUACACCUUAUGUGCAUCAGUACUUAGUUCCCAUUUUGGGAGUUUGUGCUACUUCGUGGUGAAUCCCGUUAAUAAUGUAAUUUGGGGCAGUUGUAACAGUGCAGAGAUUUGAAGGUGGCAAAAUAGUUUCCAUCCUCUUUCAGUGUGAAAAAAUGUUACACAGGUUCAUUUGUUACUCAAUGUAAAAUAUAACGUAUAAGCACUCUCAAACGCUUUUAAUCAGUUAAGUACCUUCAGAAAGUUAUAGUUGUAAAUUAUACUAGUAAAUUCACUUAGUAGAAUAAGUACCAAGGUAGCAUACCUGCCCAGGGAAGUCUAGUUUUUCCUGAGAAUGUUAAGUGGGCUAUGACUUCUUUUGGUCACUUUAAUUAAAUGGCUUUUAUCCAAAUAAUGUCAGCUUCAAUCCAACUGCUUUUUUUUUUUUUAACUGAAUGUUCUGAAUCUACAUUUUAGAACAGUGCAUCUUGUUUGGGUUCAAAGGGUGGGAACUUUAUAAAUGAAAUACUACAUAGCUCCAAUAAAUUAAACUGUGGAUCCACAUUUGCCUAGUAUGUCUAAUAUUUGAAUAGUUGGAUUGUGUUCAUAAAAUACUUUUUAUUGAGCAUAAUGGAGUUAGUGGAUUAAUAAAACAAAAUAACAAAAAACACUGGAAAAGUUGACAUGUUACAGCACCAGUUGUUCCUUGCUCGAUCCUGAGCUUGGGUUACUGUCCCAUGAUUUCCCAUGAUCUCUUCAUGGGCUUCCUCCAGUGGCUCUGGUUCCCUCUCACCUACCAAAAAGGUUGAUUGACUAUUCUAAAUUGGCCCCUGGUGUGAAGGUGUGUGCAUGGUGAACAGUUCUGGGCUGGUGUCCCAUCCAGCUUGUAUUCCCACUCUGCUACUGAUGAUAAAUGGAAGGGGUUGCUUCUGCAAAAAAGUUUGAAAAGCACUAGCCUAACUUAUGGAGUUCUUUGAGUAUCCAAUCCUGGCCCAUAAGAAUCCCCUGUCCUGCACAUUUGGUGUUAUCCCUGCACUCCCAAUACACCUGAUUCAACUAAUUAGCUAAAUAACAGCCCUUCCUGAGCCAAAGUGGGUUUGCUCGAGCAGGGAAAAUGUUAAGAUGUGUAGGACAGGACCAGGGUUAGGCAAACGUGAUUAAAUAUCAGUGGUUGAGAUCUAGUAUAAGGUGUACUUGUCAUAGGGAAGGAAAAAAGGGGAGGGUGGACUGCACAGAAAUCCAAACGACGUCUUUGUGUUUUAAUGAAAAACGUUCAUGACCCCCACCCCCUCGUCAAUUAUAAAAUACACUAAGUGCCCUCCUGUGGCGAAAGGACGCAUUGCAAGUAAUCAACCGGAAGCCAUUUAGCGGAAGUUCCUGCAUGGCUUAAAAGAGAAUCGGCAUUAUUAAAGUCCUGAAUACUAACUUAUUUACAUAAAGCAUGCAGUCCACUGUGAGUGCAGUUCCUCUCAACUCUGGAACACAGAUUCCUCUCUUGGGUCUGGGCACGUACAAGCUGCGCACUUAUGGAGAGCUGUACAAGUCCCUCAGUGCUGCUCUUGAUGCAGGCUAUCGUGCUUUUGAUACGGCUGCAGCGUACGGCAACGAAGGUCAUCUAGGGCAAGUCAUCAGGGAGCUCCUGCCCAAGCAUGGCCUUGUGCGUUCAGACGUGUUCCUCAUCAGCAAGCUGGGACCGGAAGACCAUGGUCCCAGAGCCAAAGAGGGAUGCUUGAGGAGUCUGGAACAGCUGGGUUGUGAAUACAUAGACCUGUAUCUGGUGCACUGGCCUGGGAUUGGGGGUUUAGAACCAACAGAUCCCCUACAUGCCAAGUAUCGCUCGCAGAGCUGGGCUGUACUGGAGGAACUUUAUGAUAGUGGGAAGUUUAAGGCCAUAGGGGUCUCGAAUUACACUGAGAGGCAUCUUUUAGAGUUGUUUAAAAGCUGCCGUGUGCCUCCAGCAGUGCUGCAGAUGGAGUGUCACCCGAAACUUAUUCAAAUACAACUCAGGGACAUGUGCAAAAAGGCAGGUGUUCACUUCCAAGCGUACUCAUCUCUUGGAAAGGGUGCACUCCUGGAGGAUCUGGAGGUGAAGGACGUGGCUAAGAGCUGUGGACGAACUCCAGCUCAGGUGUUACUCCGGUGGGCCGUUCAGCAGGGCAUUUCUGUUCUGCCUCGCUCAUCGCAGCCACAAAGCGUUCAAGAAAACAGCAGAAUCUUUGACUUUGAGCUGAGCGAAAAAGAAAUGCAGAGACUUGAUGCCCUAAACUGUGAAACUAGGUAUUGUACGAGAGAUUCAACCUCCAUACAAUAAUAAAGUUGUUAUAAAAUAUUUUUGUAACUGAGUAAUGAUUCAGGGCUUAAAUAUGCCUGAUAUGCCUCUUUAACAUUUAAGCCCAGUUUAAAAGUGCCCUCUGUAUUAAGUUGCCUAUGGUCACUUGUAUUACUUUUGUAACGUGCCCCUGGUCUUUGGAAAGAUGGUGUAUUUUAAUAAAAUUAUUUUUGUGUGACUGUGCUAUUGAGUACUAGAUCAAAGUUUAAAACAGUAUAAGCUUCAACACUGUAGAGUUUGGGUAAACUCGGCAGUAGAUAUUGAAAGUCAGUCCCUCCAGGAUUUUGCGAUUGCAGAAAUGAAAGGAAACUCUGCAAUAUUUGCAGGAGCUUGCAAUUUUUCAAAAUUAUCAUAGAUUUCAUCCAAUAUUUGGUUACGAUGACAUCACUUGGCGCAUUCAGCCAAAGCUGUCUUCGACAUCAUUGCGCAAGACCGGCAAAACGAUUUUGUGCAAUUGCAAUUUGGCCAAUUCAAGUAGUUUUCAGAUAAAAAAGCACAAAAAAACCUCUGCAAGUUGCAUCGAAAAUUUUGAAAAAAGCUACACCAAAUUCAAGCAUUUGGCCACAACACUAAAGUUUUCUAGGUCUGGUAAUCUUUGUUAAUUGUAAAAAUGUUUGAUACCUGGCUAAAUAAAAGCAGAAAUUUAUGGAGUUCAAAAUUUUAUUUUCGAUCACAAAUAAUAAAUUAAACAAUGAUACAAACAGAACAAAUCGUUAUACAAACAGCUUCAUCACAAUAUAUUUAAUGCAGUAUAAAUUCUUACCAAGAGCUUGUGAAAAAGACACAGAAACACAUUUCAAGUAAGGCAUCAACAAAAUGCUUAAGAGAUUCAAGACCAGCUUACACAGCAUUUGGGUUGUCCAUCUGUAAUGCUGAUGCAAACGUUUGGCUGGAACUCACUGUACUUUUGCAUACAAAGCAAUUUAACCCAAUCUGCUAAAGUCCAGUACUGUGUGUGUAUAUAAAAGGCCAAAGACAACCACCAGCUCUUGAAACAUGAAAAGGUGUGAAAUCCAAAAACAUUUCAUAAACACAUUAUGCACUCAGGUCUCCAGUUGAUGUCUUAUUAAAAUGGAAACAAUAACGAAAGCAACAGCAAAUGCUGUGAUAAAAGAAAACCCUGAGACGAACCUGACUGAAUUAGACCAAUACCCGCAUCAUUAACCACCACUACACACGACUUUCACAGGCUGUUUCAGUGACUUUUAGAGUCACUUGCACUAUAUUUACAUUUUCCCAACAAUUCCUUUAAAGCCUUCAAUAAGACACAUGUUUAAAACU